AUGGCUUCAUCAUCGUCGUCACCUUCAUUUUUUUCAAACAGAAAUGAAGAUUUAAAACCAGAAAAUAUCGAACCAUCUGUUCGUGAUAGGAAUCAGGAAAUGGUAACUAUGGAGAGUUGUACAAAUAUGACUCAGCAAACGAAACAAUUAUGCGAUGAUGAUGAUGAUGAUAAGACAUCUGUAUCCGUCGAGGAAGAAACAAAGGUUAUUGUCAGACAAGGACAGUCUGCUGUGGAGCAAAUCAGGAUUCUGAGUCAAGAAGCAACUAUAUUAGACUCGAAUGCAUCAAGGCAAGAUUCUAUCCGUACUCAUAACGGCGGUAUCUCAGAAAUAGAUAUACCAAUAAACAAUAGUGGCCCUACACCUCCUACUGUACCAACAACAGAUAUUUCACAAUCUCCAAUAAGUGUCGCCAAUACACAAAAUAGUCAACAAGAAUCCCGGCGAGAAAAACACAUUAUGAUAAGCUAUAAUCAAGCGACAUCACUAGCCGUUUGUCAGAAAAUCUAUGACUACCUGAAGGCAAGAAAUUACAAUGUAUGGUUCGACCAAGUUGAUCUACAUGGUAGUAUAAUUAAUGGAAUGGGUGAAGCAGUCGAUAAUUCUUAUGUUAUUCUUUUAUGCAUCAAUACAGGUUACGAAAAAAGCGCUUUCUGUAGUAUGGAGGCUAAAUAUGCGAUCGAAAAGCGAAUUCCUGUAAUUCCAUGCAUGAUGGAAGAGAACUUUCGUCCGAAAGGUGGUCUAGGUAUCAUUAAAAGCGACCUAAAACACAUCGAAUUUUUCUACGAAGAUAAAUUUGAUGAAUCCAUGGAGAAAUUAAUUAGUGAAAUCAAGUUUUUUGCAAGACCAUUAGAAGAUACUCGAACCACAGAAGCAAAUAUGGGUCAAUUGAGUUCAGAAACAACAACAACAGCAACAACAAUGACUUCACCAUCUACCAAUCACACAAACUUCUGUGCGCGUUUUAAUACCAUCAUUUGUGAACAUAUUUUAUCGGUUCAAAAUCGAUAUCUUCACCGGGAAAACCUUAAUGAAAAUGAAUUUGGAAAAGUUUUACAUACGCUUAUUCAAGAAUUUUCUCCUGAAAGUCUGCAAUCGUUUGAAACCAUUGAACCGAUUGUUAAUGAGAAUAGACAUCAACAAGAAAUAGACAAUGACCGCCUCCUACAACACUUUCUUCAACGCAACGAGCAAUUUGCAGAAUCUAUUCGAAUGCAACAACACUACAAUGAUCACAUUCAGCAACAUCGUUACGGUCUAGACGAACGAUUGGCGGCAUUUCUCCGUUUUCAAGAAAAGCAAGAACAAGAGAAUACUCGCUUUUCUCAGAUUCAUGUCAAUCACAAUGAUCGAUUGAUAUCCAUCGUGGAUGUUCAACAACGAAACUAUGCAUCUAUUCAACAACAAUAUGCAAAUCAAAAUGAACUAUUAGCACACAUAAGUCGUAAACAACAAGAACAAGAACGAAACAACCGAAUUUCAGAGCAACUUCUACAACAUGUUGAACAGUAUACACAACUUUUUGUCAAUCAACAACAGCAAAGUGCUCGAGAUACUGCAGCUUUGUAUCAACUAAUCAAUCGAUCAUUGGAGAGAAAUGAAUCCUUAGAGAGUAUAAUUAAUCAUCGUUUGACACCUCAUGCUCAACAAGAACCUGCAGAAGGCCGUUUCAAUUUUGAUACGCUCAACAAACUGAUUCAGACAAUCAUACUCUUGUGGAUACUAAUUAUACUUUUGAAAAAUACAUAA